CUUGAAUAAAGCAUAUCAUACCAGCAUUCAAAGAGAGCACACCUGUCCCGCGCAAAACUAGCAUGCGAUGGACAGAGGGAGGCUGCGUAGAGUCCAACCACAGCCUACAUUUGGAACAGCGGCAUUUGUGUUGCCCAAAGGUGUUAUAACUGGAGCCUUGGUCAUCGGAGCAGCAGGUCUCCUCAUCGCCAUCGGCAUUUCGUUCUACCUCGUCUUCCUCCGGAGAACGCGGGCGGUUGCUGGAGCGAAAGGGCGCCGGCGCGUUCUGUCGGGAUCAGGGCAGGCAGAUGCGGAGGUGGUUUUGGAAGACCGCCGCUGGGCACGCGGCGGUCGGAGAGGCGCUGGCGGGGGCUUGCUAGCGACGCUUCCGUCGGCUGACAGCGCGCUGCGCCCCUUCCGGGCCGUCGGCGACAGCGCUCGUGGCGCCGGCGGGCUUUCCUUCUUUAGCGGCCUCAUGGGCCGGCUGCUUAGCAACUUACGAGCGACCUCGCGGCGGGACGCAGACGACUAUGAUGACGGCUGGGACGGGGCCAGCACAGGCCGGUCCACAGGGCCCCGCUUCAUGGCGAGCACCGUCUCAGGCAAGCCGCUGCAGGUGGUGGUGAAGACCGCCGCCGUGGCGGCCCGGCACCCCGACGCCGCCUCGCUCUCACUGCCGCUCGCAUCGGGCGCCGCCGCCCCCUCCAGCCUGCCCCUCGGCCAGCAACAGCAGCAACAGCAGCAGCAGCAGCAGCAGCAGCGGCCUAGCUACGCCUUUGCUGGCCCAAAUGGCGGCGGCGGCGGCGGCGGCGGCGGCGGGAACGGAGGAGGGGGCGGCGGGCAGGUGUCGGGCGGCGGCGCCGGCGGAAUGGACCCGGCGGGUCAGAGCGCGGAGCGCUACCUCCACUCCCUGUGGGAGUCCAUGCACAGCACGGGACCGGUGGUGGGCAGCAGCAAUGCAGGCGGCGGCGGCGGCGCCAAGUCGCGAGGCGGCGCCGGCGGCGGAGGGCCAGGCGCAGGGGCAGGGGCGGGCGCGGGCGGGCCGCACAGCCGGAACGUGUCGGGUGGCGGCGCAGCGCCAGCGGCGGUGGCGGCGGCGCCGGCGCCGGCGCGCCUGGACCUAGACAGCGACGCAGCAGGACCGGGGCGGGAGCACGCAGCGGCGGUGGCGGCGGGUGUGCCGCCAGGGCUGUCGCCGCUGCGCGUAGGCGGGGGCGCUCGGAGUGGGGCGAGCGCCAACGGCCCCUCCUCGAGCAGCGCCCGCUCGGGCAUGGCGGCGGGGGUAGAGCCAGGCGGCAAGGCUGGCGGCGGCGGCGGCGGCGGCGGGACGCCCCUGGCCCGCAUCUCAAUCGGUGCGGGAGCGUAUGCGGACGGCAGCCUGUAUCCGGGCAGCGCAACAUCGGUCGGGGGCGGGGUUGGAGGCGGGGGCGGGGGCGGGGGCGGGAGCGCCGUCGGCAUCAGCCUGGGCGGCGCCGGCGACUCCAUUCCGGGUCUGUCCAACAGCUACGCGGAGGCGGCCAUGGUCGCGCUGAUGGCGGCGGGCGGCGCCGUCAGCAGCGUGCAACAGCAGCAGCGCGGCGGCGGCGGCGGCGGCGGCGGGCCCGGCGGCGGGGGCGGUGGAUCCGUGGAUCCCGCCGUGGCCUGGUACGGCAAGAAGAUGGCGGGCGCGCAGCAGGCGGCGGUGUCGACGUCGUUGGUUGCGUCAGUGGCGGCGGUGGCGGCGGGCGCGGAACCGGGGUCAAAGGCGCACCUGGCGUAGGGAGCCGCCGUGGUGGUGGUCUGCUGCAGUGGGCUGUGCGGGGCCGCAGGCGGCGGCGUUGUAGGCGGCGGGAGAGGGGCGCGUGGCUUGUGGCUUGUCAGUGAGGGGGGAGGAAAGAGGAGCAGCAGCGGCAUACCCCGCGUGGGUGCGGCUAGCUUUUUGGUUGGCCGUUGGCGAGGCGGCUGUGAGAAUGGAUGGGUGCUUUUUGGUGCGGACACGAACGGCGCAUGGGGGCGCACGGUAGUAGUGCGCCUGGUGGUGCCGGAACUCAGGUGGGGGGAUUUAAGAUGUUCACGUGACCAUUGCCCUGGCUUUGGGGUGGAGUGAAAGGGCACUGCAGAAGCGUCCGGAAGUGGGGCACUUGUUGAUUGUAGCUCAGGAAAAGCUGGCUGUUACGGGUGUGGGGAGCAAUGCGGUGGGUCUCGGCGACAAUAAUGCGGCGCUAGGGGGUGCAGAGGUGCCCCCCGGCUAGGUAUUAAUCGAUAUGAGUCAGAUUGGUCUGGAAGACGCGGGUUGGUGUGCGUGUACUGGCUGCAGCCACGUCUGCGGUAGGCGGCAACUUCAAGUGUGUUGGGGGGGGGGGAUAGGCGGAAGCGCGGAAAGACUUGCCAGGAGAGGAGUCGGUGUUCAUGUUAAGCUUGCCUGGAAGGGGUACUACCACGGUACGCUUGAGGAGCAAGCUGUAAUGUCAAGGUUCC